GUCGGCCGAAGAGCUAUCCAAAGAACAGGUUCAAAUGCUUAGAAAAGCAUUUGAUAUGUUUGAUAGGGAGAAGAAGGGCCACAUCCACACCAAUAUGGUCUCAACAAUAUUGAGAACAUUGGGGCAGAGCUUUGAAGAGGGAGACCUACAGGCGCUCAUCGCUGAAAUCGAUGCCGAUGGAAGCGGUGAACUGGAAUUCGAUGAGUUUCUCGCUCUGACGGCUCGAUUCUUAGUAGAAGAGGACGCGGAGGCGAUGCAGGAGGAGUUACGCGAGGCUUUCCGUAUGUACGACAAGGAAGGCAACGGAUUUAUUCCCACCUCAGCCUUAAGAGAGAUCUUGCGAGCCCUCGACGACAAACUAACUGAGGAUGAAUUGGACGAAAUGAUUGCUGAGAUCGAUACCGACGGCUCGGGAACUGUUGACUUUGACGUGCUCACUCUUCACGACUCAAUGCCUGAGAGGAAUCGCACCCAAAGACGUGUUCAGCAAAGAUCUGGGCUUUUGGACAAUGAAUCUCAAGAAGUGAACGGUUGGACAUCGGAUGAGAUGAAGGGCAAAACGGGCUCAAAGAGAGGAGCGGCCGGUGACUACAUGUCGAUAGCGGUUCUGCUCUUCCUGUAUGUACUACAGGGCAUACCAUUAGGUUUGGCGGCGAGUAUUCCGAUGAUACUGACGAACCGGAAGGUGAGUUAUGGCGAUCAGGCGCUCUUCAGCUUCGUCUCGUGGCCCUUCUCUGUCAAACUGAUUUGGGCGCCGAUUGUGGACUCGUUGUACUGCUCGGCCUUCGGUCGCCGCAAGACAUGGCUUAUACCCACGCAAUACGCGAUCGCUAUCUUCAUGUUAGUCCUCUCCCAGACGGUGGACACACUUCUGGACAGCUCUGGUUUGGGACCCAAUAUCUAUGUCUUGACGGCAGUGUUCUUUGCGCUCAACUUCUUGGCCGCCACUCAAGACAUAGCUGUGGACGGAUGGGCGCUAACUAUGCUGUCGCGUGAGAACGUCGGCUAUGCGUCCACUUGUAAUACCGUCGGACAGACGGCCGGAUAUUUUUUGGGAAAUGUUGUAUUUCUGGCGUUAGAAUCGGUCGACUUCUGCAACGGUUAUCUCCGAAGCGAACCACAAACGUAUGGUUUGGUCACACUUUCGGGCUUUUUCUACUUCUGGGGACUGGUAUUCAUGGUGUCGACAACACUCGUAAUGAUAUUCAAACGCGAAACCAAUGCUUUGCCCGAAAACGAGCCCCAAAUGGGAGUGAUUGAGACCUAUUCAGUACUCUAUCGUAUCUUUCAUUUGCCGUCCAUUCGUUUGUUUGCAUUGGUUUUGUUGACCUGUAAGAUAGGGUUUGCGGUCACAGAUUCGGCCACUGGUCUCAAACUCAUCGAAGCCGGCGUUCACCGAGAAAACUUAGCUCUUCUGGCGAUUCCUAUGGUUCCGCUUCAGAUCAUAUUACCCUGGAUUAUAAGCAAAUACACUAAUGGUCCGCAACCUCUCUCUAUAUUCCUUAAGGCAUUUCCAAUUAGGCUAUUGUUUGGCGUUGUGUUCGCACUAUUGCUUUGGUGGACAAAACAUGUCAAACAGACCGACGGCUCAUUCCCAGCCUAUUAUUACGGAGUGAUUCUGUUUGCCUAUGCGUUGCAUCAAAUCGCUCUCUACAGUAUGUUUGUGGCACUCAUGGCAUUCCACGCCCGCAUCAGUGACCCAUCCAUUGGUGGCACUUAUAUGACACUUCUCAACACUAUCACCAAUUUGGGCGGCAACUGGCCCUCCACUCUAGCCCUUUGGCUCAUUGACCCCCUAACCAAAAAGACCUGUUCAGUGGGAGACACGAGUUGUAACGACUCGUUGACCGCCGAAGAAUGUACGCUAAAGAAUGGCUCGUGUGAUGUCAGUGUUGACGGCUAUUACGUGGAAGUAGUCCUUUGCGUUGUGAUUGGAUUAGUUUGGUAUAAAUGGGGCCGAAAUAAGAUACAUUCCCUUCAGAGAAAACCAUUGAGUUCUUGGAAAUGCAGAUAA